AUGGAAAAAGCAGGGUUUUAUCUAUUGCCUUUGCUUCUGGAGGCUCGCUCUGAUCAUUUUUAUGAAGGGACUGAGUAUAUCAGAUACUUAUCACAGCGCAUUCAUUCCCUGAGGAAAGCUUUAAACAUUACUCAGAAAGGUGGAAAGCCAAAGACAUCGGCUGACAAGAGAUUCGCAGAAGUCCAACUGUUAAAUGCUGAUCGCGCAUUCCAACAAUAUGCAUACUUGCGAUCUUCUCAACGUCAACAUGCUCUUCGAAGACUGAAACGGGGGUUGCAAGCCUCCAAGGAAUUGGUUUCUUUUUGCGAGGUAAAAGAUCAUAGUAAUCAUCUUUUUAUUUUAGAGGCUGCAGCUUUCAUGAAAUACAUUGAAGGUACAUUUUAUUACGAGAAGCGAUCAUGGGAAGAUUCUUUGCGCUCAUUCAGUUCUUCUCGCUUAGCAUUUCAGCAAUUGCAACGGUCUCUGAAAGAGUUGUCAGACCAUCAACGAGGAGUCUUCAAUGAAUUAGUUGGACAAAUCGACUCUACCAUACGCUAUGUCGCCCAGCGAAGCGGCUUAGAAAACCAGACAGAAUCAUUAGACGUUCUUAUGCUUGCAAAUGUUUCAAAAGAGGAUUUAGUUGUUCAACAAAUUCGAGUUUUGAACCCUCAGAUGUUAGAAUCGAAUGCUGAAGAUCAAGCCGGUACUUCCUCCAUCACUCAAAUCACCUGGCGUAAUCAAACCGUUCAGAUUACACAUCCCGAAAUAGUAUUGGCUUUGUACGGUAUUCAUGAUGUUCAGGCAAGCAUGGAAAGCUCUACAAGUGUAAAUGAUCGUUUGCUUGGUGCUUGGGCCAAUGCUGAAAAGACAACAAAAAGUAUUUUGGAUGGUAUUUCCCCCGAAAGUAAUGAAUAUCAGGAGCUUUCAAUUUGCUAUAGUUAUCUUGCAUAUAACCUUAUCGUGCUCAGAAUUCAGCGGGACAUUCAUACCCAGGAACAGCCAAUCGUUACGAAUUUGCUGGCAAAUUUAAGAGCUCAUCAAAGCUUGUAUGAUACAAUCAUCAAGAAUAUUGAAGCUGCCAAGAAUUUACCGGGUAUCGCAAAAGAUAGCGGCAUGAUGGUACAGCUGGAAGCUCAGAUCAAUAUAGCUAAAGCUAGGCGAUGCCAGGUCAUUGCCGAAGCCUAUCAAUCACGAGACAAAGCCAAAGGACUUGCUAUGUGUAUCCGUGCAGGUAAUUAUUAUGAGGAAGCAAAUGAUUGCCUUCAUAAUUUUGAGGAAAACCCUCUGGAAAUAGCUUUUGAUAUUGUUGCGGAAUUGCAAACAAAGCCUGAAGAUUUGAAGAAACGAAUUUUACUUUUGCGAAGCUUGGCUUCUAUGGAAAUGAUUAAUCAAAAACCGAAGGACUUAUCGCUGGUCGAGUCUAUGAAUCAGUAUGCAACUGUGGAGUCGGAGGAACCCUUGAACUUAACUCAAUUGAAUUUACGACCCAUUCCUGCUAAACCACUUUUCUUUGAUUUAGCCAUUACAUACUUAGGCCAACAAACAGAAUUUGGAAAAGCCAAACCAGAAGUUGAGGAACAGGAUCCUUCAUCCAAGAGCAAGACAAAGGGUUUUUUCCGAAGCUUACUUGGAAAAAGAUAA